AGACCAAACGAAGAGUAGCACGGAUUACAUGUCGUGGACAUGACGGCUGACAUCGGUAUAUAAACUCCUGAGGAACCUGCUUUGGGCAUCAGUUCCAAACAUCCUGCGUCAGCUUCACAGAUCACCAGUCCAAGACGAUUAGUAAAAAAUAAAAAUGAAGGUCGCAAUUGUCCUAUUCGCAUUAGUGGCGGCUGCUUACGCCGGUUAUACUACAAAAUACGACAACAUCGAUUUGGAUCAAAUCUUGUUCAGCGAUCGAUUAUUGAACAAUUAUGUAAAGUGUCUUUUGGAGACCGGAAACUGCACACCCGAUGGCAACGAGCUUAAAAAGGCCCUUCCAUCAGCCCUAGCCAAUGGCUGCAAGGACUGCAGCGAGAAACACAAAUAUGGAAGCGAAAAAGUUAUCAGAUUCCUCGUUAACGAACGUCCUCAGAUUUGGGCCAAACUUGCCAAAAAAUACGAUCCCCAAGGUCUGCACAAGACCAAGUUCCAGAACAUCGCUCAAAAGGCAGGAAUCAAAGUUUAAGAAUUUAUAUACCGUCCAUUGUACUGAAUGAUGACCCGUUUUUAUUGUAUCAUUUGUUGAGUAGUUGUUAUUUUUUUUAAUCAUUUUACACGAAAAUGUAUCAUGUUUUGUAUCAAUAAAAUAUUGUUGGCAUAGAA